GAUGCUCUGAUGCGACAGCGGGACAUGGAGAUGGCUCAGACCAGGGAGGUGUUUAACUGUCUGCAGGGAGCCAAGCAGGAGCUGGAGGAGAGCCUGUGCCAAACACUACAAGUCAAGGACAGGUCCUUUGCACACCUAAAGGUCGCUCUGGACAGGAAGAACAAGGACAUGGAGGUCAUGGCUGGUCAGUUCCACAGCCAGAUGGAGGAAAGCAACAGGGAGCUAGAACGACUGGAGCAGAGACUGAGAGAGACAACGGACAUGUUGGCUCAAACCAAUGCAGAUAAGCAGAGCCAGCUGACUGACCACCAACUCACAAUGGAAGAGAUCCGGUCUGCCACCAGCAUCAAUGCUCAAGUGCUAAAGUCUUUAGAGUCAGUGAUGAAGGGCUUGGACCAGGAGCUCCAGGAGAAAGACUCUAUCAUAUCCCAGCUACAGGAGGUUGUCAAUAGGAACUCAGAGGAUCUAGAGAUCAUGGUUGGCCGGUUGCAUAGUCAGGCUGAGGGUAGCAACAAAGAGCUGGGGCAACUGGAACAGAGGCUCAAAGAGACAGAAGCCAUUUUGUUUCAGACAACCCAGGAAAAUGAGACACGGAUGACAGACCAUCAACUUGAAAUUGAGAAACUGCAGGGUGAAGCUGAAGACAGCAACAAGAAGGCGGAGCAGCUGGAGGAGAAACUCAAGGAAAUGGAGGACAUUUUGUCUUGUACUACUGGCAAAUAUCUGCAGGACAAUCAACUUACAGACAGGAAACUGCAGGGUCAAGCGGAGGACAGAGACAGGAAGUUGGAGCAGCUGGAACAGAGACUCAAGGAGAAUGUGGACAUUUUGGCACAGAUCACUGAUGAUAAGGACAAACUGUUGCUAGAAAAUCAACUGGCAGAACAGAAACUACAGAGCCAGACUGAGGACAGUAGUAUGAAGCUGGAGCAACUGGAUCAUAUGUUGAAAAAGAAGGACAUGCUGUUCAUGGAGAGCACAGCAGACAAGGAGAUACAGCUGACGAACUACAAACUCACAGUAGAGAAGCUAAUGUCUUACAUCACCAUCAAUGAACAGAUGUUCAAGGAGUUGAGAGAACAUCACAGCCAGAUUUUGGCCAAGCAUUCGCUGGAGCUUGAGGACUAUGGGAAGUGGCAGGAGCAGCUAUCCACAGCACAGAUUCAGAUCUCUGCCUCCCUGCAAGAGAAGUGCUCAGAGUGUCUGGAGCAUUUUGCGGUCCAAAGGGAGGGGGGGAGAACUAAUCCCUGUCAGAGAGAGACUCUGGACCCUGACAACCACACCAUCCCAGAGAACAGUGAAGUUCCUGCAACUGAGGUUGGCCCGACCAAGUGUGAGAGGUGUCUCCAACUUUUGCAGAGGGAGAAUGGCAGUCUGCUGGACAGACUGAGGGCUAGCAAGCACCUCAACAAGACCCUGCGCAGCCAGCUGGACCUGUGCAGAUCCAUUAUGGCUCAGAGAGAGGGGGGUGAUGGACAACGUUUCUCCCCCUCCAACUCACUCACAGUGGAAGAAGAAAUGAAGGAGCCGCUGCAGGAGAUCUUGAGGCUGAGACAGAGUCUGAAGGAGAGCAUUCAGGCAAACGGGAGGCUCCAGGAGCAUCUGAAGAGCCAUAAGGCCCAGCAGGCAGGGACAGAGAUGGGCCAGAACCACCCAGGCGUGCAUGCUGAGUCAGAGAGACUGAAGGCGUCUCUGGUUGAGACAGCCUGUGAGCUCACACAGCUCCAGAGAGAGAGUGACAUGCUGAGGGAGGAGAGAGAGAGGCUGACAGAGAGGCUCGCACGCUCUGAGGACAACAACAGGAGCCUGGAAGGCUCACUAAGCUCCACACAUGAAGAGAUAGACAGGUUGAAGGGAGAACUCGAUGCCUAUCAAAAACAGCUCACCAACAGCAAUGAGCUCCUCAAGUCAUUUUGUGAGGAGAUGCAGGGGUCCAAGCAGAUGAGGACAGCUGCAGUCAACCCCACUGAGUUUGGAGGCGGUCUCCCGGACAACCCCAAGCUAAAUCAACUCCUCUCUGAGAUCCAGCGAAUCAGAGCACAGCUUGCCGAUAAGGACACAAUACAGACUAAUGCCACAGAGGAGAAACACCCUGAGCAUUCUGGUUGGCCCGAGUGCCCUCCAACGAUCAUCAACAUCAACUAUGUGGAGUGUGGAGCAUCCAGGCAUUCAAGCAGGAGCAGUCCUUCAGGGAGAAGAAAUCAUGCCAAGAAGGACAAUGACAACCUCUCACAAAGCAGCCUUACCUCCAGCAUAGAUGACUCGGUCCCAUCCUUAUUGAACAGUAGCCUAUCCCCACUGUGGGUAAAUGACAAGAGCCCCAAUGUCACUGGCCAGGAAGAUGAUUGCAUCAAGAGACUGAUAUCAGAAGGGAAGACAAUGACCAAUAAGAUGAGUCGGCUACUACAGGGGUGCCACAACAACAACUCCAAUCCCACGUCACAGUCAGCAUUUGAUGUCACUCCGGUUCAGGUGGACCAGAAGUACAUCAAGCAUCUCUCAUCUACCAUCGGUGCCUGUCAUCUUCUGAGGCUCCAAGAGAGGCGUUCUCAGAGUGACUCUGUGAAUUUCUCCCAGAGCCAAGAGAAUUUCUACUUGGAAAAUCUGAAACUGAAGAAUAGAAUUGAGAUAAUGAAGAGGGAGCAAUCUGAAAACAAGAAGAUGCUUUCUGAGGCUGUCAAACGACUGAGAAGAGUGAACCUGGGGAAAGUAGGGAGAGUGAGUGAAUAGCAGCAAAUGAUCAUCAUUCCACUAAGCCAAUCUUUGUUUCAUGGAUUCAAAUAGAAAGAAUUGGAG